AUGCCCGUGAUCAACACAAAAGCGAUGUGGUCGCGAAAGCAGUCUGUAUGCAGCGCGGUCAGCGGUGCGUCCAAAGGAGAUGAACAAGACGGUCACUUGCCUUCUGGAUUGCAAAUCUAUCCUUUUGCGAUAGCACUUAGGGUUAGAGUGUUACAGAUUGUCUGUGGUAUUGGUGGCUUAGUCGUUGGUGCAGUCGGCUGGCUUGAAGAACGACAGAAACCUGAACUAGGGUUAGGCGUUCCAACUGGAGCAUUCACUGUCUUAGCUGCUGCUACUUCUGUCUACUAUAGCAGAGGUUUUGGGGGUUGGGUAUCAGCUCGUUCGAGAACUACACGAAAUUGGGGUGCGCCUUGGAGGGUCCUUGGUCCUUCACCCUGUGCCGCUGUACCUUUGACCUUAUUGUGGACGAUUGCUAUCGCUGCUCAUAUAGCCAUGCUGGCAUUUUGUAUCAGAUCUUUGAUGAAUCUUGGGUGUAAUAGUAAAACAUGUAUAGGGGUGGCCGCGGCUCAGUUGUCAGUCUCCAUCUCUACGCUCGCCGCUGCUUUAUUCAUGCUUCAAUUAGACCUACGGUUUGAUCCUGCGCACUCACCGCCAAGGCCUUCCGAUGCGAAUAUUUGCACUGCUGUGUCAAUGGUACCUCUCACCUCAGUCGCAAUCAACAGCGGAAACAGUGCCGACGGAGGGCCAGAGGGGAGCCCUCUUAGCAAAGACAAAGACCCGGAACCCCCCACC